AAACAGAGCAUCAGUUUUGGAGUUGCAGAGGGCUCCUAGAAAGCUCUCGUUGAUUUAUUUGAUUUUGCUCUCGCGCUCCACUCACCGAUCUCUGCCGCCAUGAGCUCCUCCCGAUCCAAGAACUUCCGCCGCCGCGCCGGCGACGAUGAAGACGACGACGACGAGGGACCCAACGGAGCCGCCGCCACCGUCGCGAAGGUCCCAUCAAAAUCCGCCGCCGCAGCCAACAGAGCUCCUCCUAAACCUAAGAAACCCCAGGCCCCGAAGCUUCUCAGCUUCGCCGACGACGACGGCGAGGACGAAACCCAAUCUCGUUCUCGCCCUAAACCCUCUUCUCGCCCCGGCAAACCUUUGUCCUCCUCAUCCUCUUCUCAUAAAAUAUCUUCCCUCAAGGACCGCCAAUCGCCCGCCACUCCUUUACCUUCGAAUGUCCUUCCUCAAGCUGGCACUUACACCAAAGAAGCCCUGCGCGAGCUCCAAAAGAACACGAGGACCCUCGCUUCAUCGAGCAGCUCUCGCUAUGCUGCGGCAUCGGAGUCCAAGCCCGACCCUAAGCCCGAACCUGUCAUUGUUUUGAAGGGUCUCGUGAAACCCAAUGCCCUAAUCGGACAAACAUUGAAGCAAGUGGAUGAAUUGAGCUCUGAUGAGGAAGAGGGUGAAAAGGGAAAGGCGUUGGUCGAGAAAAGGGAAGGUUUGUAUAGAGAUGAUGCAGAGAGACGGUUGGCUGCGAUUGGAAUUGCAAAGGGACAGGAAUCGUCUGGGUCGUCGUUUCCUGAUCAGGCGAUGAUAAAUGCGAUAAGGGCAAAGAGAGAACGGCUGAGGCAAUCGCGGGCAGCUGCGCCGGACUAUAUUUCGCUGGAUGGAGGGAGUAAUCACGGCGCGGCUGAGGGGUUGAGUGAUGAGGAGCCAGAGUUUCAAAGGCGGAUCGCCAUGUUCGGAGAGAAGAUUGAGGGUGGAAAGAAGGGUGUUUUCGAGAGUUUCGAUGAUAGAGCGGUGGAAGUGCCAUUGAGAAAAGACACUGAGCUCGAGGAUGAUGAAGACGAGGAGGAAAAGAUAUGGGAAGAGGAGCAGUUUAGGAAGGGAUUAGGGAAGAGAAUGGAUGAUGGAACUACCAGGGGAGUAACUAGUGCUAGUGGCAUUAGUACUGUUCCUGUGGUGCAUAAUGUGCAGCAGCCACAGAAGUAUGCAUAUACAACUCCUGCAGCCGGUUAUGGUCCUGCACCAAGCAUUGGGGCAGCUGCCCCUCCUUCUCCUCCUCCAAGCAUAGGAGGGGCAAUGGUUGCUGGGCCGGGGUUGGAUGUUAUAUCGAUUCCGCAGCAGGCUGAGCUUGCUAUGAAGGCUUUGUGCGAAAAUGCGAGGAGGCUGGAGGAAUCACACAGCAAAACCAUGUCAUCUUUGGCAAAGACUGAUGAGAAUUUGUCCUCCUCAUUGUUGAAUAUCACUGCACUUGAGAAGUCUCUAUCUGCUGCUGGUGAGAAGUACAUCUUUAUGCAAAAGCUUCGUGACUAUAUUUCUGUUAUAUGUAAGUUCUUGCAGGAUAAAGCUCCAUAUAUUGAGGAACUCGAGGAACAGAUGCAGAAAUUAAAUGAAGAACGUGCUACAACUAAACUGGAAAGAAGAAUGGCUGAUAAUGAUGAUGAAAUGGUGGAGAUAGAAGUAGCUGUUAAUGCAGCCAUGCUGGUAUUCAGAAAAGGUGAUAGCAGUGUUGCAACAAUAGCUGCCGCGACGAGUGCAGGCCAGGCUGCAGUCGCUGCAAUGAGAGAACAAAAUAAUGUGCCAGUAAAGUUGGAUGAGUUUGGUAGAGAUAUGAACUUGCAGAAACGAAUGGAUAGGACACGGAGGGCUGAGGCCCGGCAUAGGAGGAAAGCUCGAUUUGAUUCUAGGAGAUCAUCAUCAAUGGAGUUGGACACUCCUCAUCAGAAAAUAGAGGGAGAAUCUAGCACUGAUGAGAGCGAUAGUGAGAGUAGAGCAUACAAGUCAAACAGAGAUUUAUUGCUUCAGACUGCUGAUCAAAUUUUUGAUGACACUGCUGAGGAAUAUGCCCAGCUCUCAGAGGUUAAACAGCAGUUUGAAAAAUGGAAAAGAGAGUAUUCUUCAAGCUACCGCGAUGCCUACAUGUCACUUAGUGUUCCUAAUAUCUUCUCUCCGUAUGUUCGGCUGGAACUUUUAAAGUGGGACCCAUUACAUGAGGAUUCCGAUUUUUUCGAGAUGAAAUGGCAUUCAUUGCUAUUUGAUUAUGGUCUGCCACAAGAUGGAAGUGACUGUGCCCCUGAUGAUGAUGAUGAUUCUAAUCUUGUUCCGGGAUUGGUAGAGAAGGUUGCGCUUCCCAUUUUGCAUCAUGAAAUAGCCCAUUCUUGGGACAUGCUUAGUACAAGAGAGACGAAGAAUGCUGUUGCUGCCACAACUUUGGUCACAAAUUAUGUUCCAGCUUCCAGUGAGGCUCUGGCUGAAUUGUUGGUUGCAGUCCAUACUCGCUUGGCAGAUGCUGUUGCAAAACUUAUCGUGCCAACUUGGAGCCCUCUAGUAAUGAAGGCUGUGCCAGGUGCUGCACGGUUGGCAGCAUACCGCUUUGGCGUGUCUGUUCGUUUGUUAAGAAACAUAUCUCUGUGGAAAGAGAUCCUUGUAUUACCGGUUGUGGAGAAGCUUGCUGUUGAUGAGCUUUUAGUUGGGAAAAUCUUGCCUCAUCUUCGAAGCAUCAGAUCAGAUAUUCAUGAUGCGGCGACAAGAACCGAAAGAAUCGUUGCAUCUUUAUCUGGUGUUUGGGCUGGUCCGAGUGUGUCUGGUGAUCGUAGUCUCAAGCUCCAGCCCCUGGUUGAUUAUGUGCUUUCACUGGGAAAGAACCUGCACAAAAAGCACAUGUUUGGUGUGACCGAGGGGGAGACCAGUGGGCUUGCCAGAAGGAUAAAGAAGAUGCUGGUCGAGCUGAACGAGUACGACAAUGCUCGGGAAAUAGUCAAAACCUUCCAUCUCAAGGAGGCAUUGUGAGACGCCGGCUUGUGCAGCUAAUCCGAGCGGUGCGACAGGGACUCUCUCUCCCUCUCCCU